AUGGAACUUCUUUAUGAAAAAUCACCAAAAAACGAUUAUAUUAGAAUUGGUAUAAUAGACCUACAGAAUACUUCUAAAAACAAAUCAAAUUUUUACAAACAUGUUAAAAACAAAUUAACUGACGAUACUAGUUUUUCAUCAAAAUUUGAGGAGUUUAUAUCUUCUAUUGCUGAUUUAAAUGUUGGAAAAUUAUUGGAAGCAAUUAAAGACUUCAGUAACAUUGAUGAUAUUAUCAAUAUGAUUGACACAUUUCAAUGUUUUGAAGAUUACCAUUCAUUUAAUCAAAAUAAUAUUUUUUUAAAGUUUAUACUUGAUACUCUAAGAAUAUAUUCUAAUACAUUUAGUAUUAACGAAGAAUAUUUUGAUCAGGAUUUAUCUGAGCCCCAUAUUGCAGCUAUAUUAUAUGAUCCUAUGUUUUUUUCUUUAUUUAGAUCUAAAGAGUUUAAUGUUGAGAUUUGCAAAGAACACCUAGCAAAUAAAUAUUGUAAGAAUAUAGAUAAUGAUUCAAGAACUAAAUUAGGUCUUGUUCCUGAUAUUAAAAUAAAGUAUAAAAGAAAAUCAAUAGAAAUUUUGUGCAUUGAGCAUGCAAAAAAAAUAGCACUCUUAGAUCUUCCAAAGAGCAAAAGAGAUUAUACAAAAUUACAAUUACUACUUCACAAUCAGAUACAUUUUGUAUCUGAAAUAUUAUCAAAAAAGAAUAAGCUUAAUAAAAUUUAUAAAAUUAAAUUCUUUGGUGUAAGGACUUCAGGGUUGGAAUUGAAAGGUUAUGUGAUGUAUUUAAAGCACCCACAAUUAUAUAUAUUUGAAGAGCUUUUUAGUACUAAUCUUCCUACAAAUAUAUAUAAUUAUCAUGACAUUUAUGAUACACUGGUUUAUUUAAUGUUAUUAAGGGAUGCAGUGGAUAAGAAUCACAAAAUUUUUCUAGAUGUUUUAUCUAAUAAAAAUAAUCAUAAAAACAGUAUUCCACUUAAGGAUUGGGUAGUUGAUUUUGAAGUCAAUUCUCCUCUUCAAAAAAAGGAUGAAAAUCAGAAAAAAAAAGCAAAAAAAAAUUAA